AUGUCCGCAGCAGUAACACUCCCCUCGCAAGACGCAGGUUCGCUCUCAUCUGACCCGUCGAAACCAACAAUCCUCCACCUCGGCGACGACAUACGCUGGAACCAUGAGCUCUACGCCACCCUCCAGGCCAAAUUCAACAUCAUACGCACGUACUCGAUGGGCCGCGCAGACUUCAAAGCCGCGUUGAAAGAGAAGAAAUGGGGCGAUUUCGUAGCUAUGUACCGGCCUUUUUGGAACACAGGGGGCGAAAUGGGGAACUGGGAUGAAGAAUUAAUUGCCCUCCUCCCAUCCUCACUCAAAAUCUUCGCCUCCGCCGGCGCCGGCUUCGACUGGGUCAACACAUCCGCCCUCGCCGCGCGCGGCAUCAUAUACUGCAACGCCGCCUCGGCGUGCACCGAGUCCGUCGCCGACGCCGCGCUCGUGCUGAUUCUCUCGUGCUACCGCGCGAUCCCGUGGUCCUUUCUCGCAGCGCGGUCCUGCGACGCGGACGCGUUCAAGGACGCGAACCAGAACAUUGCGGCGGUGACGCACAAUCCCAACGGCGGGGUGUUGGGCAUCGUGGGGCUGGGGCGGAUAGGCGUGAGGAUUGCGCAGAAGAUGAGGGCGGCGUGUGAGAUGCGGGUUGUGUAUUUUGAUGUUGUGAGGCUGAGGGAGAGGGAGGAGGAGGUCGGGGCAAGGUAUUGCUCCUCGCUGGAAGAAUUGCUGGGCGUCGCGGAUUGUGUGGUGCUUGCUACGCCGUUUGCGGGCGCGACGUUGCUUACGCCCAGGGAAUUCUCGUGGUUUAAAAAGGGUGCGAGGUUGGUGAAUAUUGCACGGGGGAAGUUGGUGGAUGAACAGGCGUUGAUCAAGGCGUUGGAUGAUGGGACGGUUUCGGCCGCCGGGCUGGAUGUGCAUGCGGAUGAGCCGCGGGUGAAUCCUGAAUUGGCAGGGAGGAGGAACGUUAUGGUUUUGAGUCAUACGGCGGGCGCGAGUGUGGAGAGUCAUGUGGGGUUUGAGAGGUUGGGGAUGGAGAAUCUGCUGGGUUGGAUUGAGAAGGGGGAAGAGGGGGUUGUUAGUGCGGUCAAUCUGGGAGAACUGAAGAGAGAUUGA